UUCUUUUUCAGUGCCGGAAAUCUCGCGAUGGAAGGAGGAGGAGGUGCACCCCCAGAAACACUUAUAGAAGAGAGUCAGUCAGGAUGUGUUCUGCCCACAAGUCUUGAAGCCAGCGGUUCGAAGAAGAGCAGUUGGGGCUUCUUAGUUACUGGGAUUGUUGGUGGGACCCUGGUGGCUGUGUAUGCUGUGGCCACUCCAUUCAUAACACCGGCCCUCCGAAAAAUUUGCUUGCCUUUUGUACCUGCAACUACAAAGCAGAUCGAAAAUGUUGUGAAAAUGCUGCGAAGCGGAAGAGGACCCCUGGUGGACAUUGGUAGUGGUGACGGACGGAUUGUGAUAGCAGCUGCAAAGGAAGGAUUCACCGCUGUGGGUUAUGAACUAAACCCAUGGCUAGUUUGGUACUCCAGAUACCGUGCUUGGCGAGAAGGGGUACAGCACUUGGCCAAAUUUUAUAUUUCAGAUUUGUGGAAGGUUACUUUUUCACAGUACUCAAACGUUGUUAUUUUCGGGGUGCCUCAGAUGAUGCCGCAGUUGGAGAAGAAACUUGAGCUGGAGCUUCAGGAUGAUGCUCGAGUCAUCGCUUGCCGGUUUCCUUUCCCUCACUGGACCCCAGACCAGGUCGCUGGAGAGGGGAUAGACACUGUGUGGGUGUAUGACAUGAGCACUUUUAGAGGGAGUGGAAAGAGGCCGUGAAGGUCGAUGCACUUUCAGUUGCUCAUUCGAAUAUAAAACUUGUUGAGAGUCUUUUUCUGCAGUGUUGGUGGUCUUUCAUUUUACAGAGACAUUUUGCGGAGAUGUAACAGCUGUGUGUUUAGUGAAGAGUAUACAUUUGUUUGGCAUGGCGUGAGAAAUUACUGUUACUUUCCUUAAUCGUUGGAGGGAACAAGUGAGGAACACUGGGUAGAUUUAAAGUCCUCUUUCAUGGUAUAUUCUAAAAAAGGUGCUUAUAGCUUUUUAUGACCUUGGGUAUAUGAAAAUAUGAAUAAGUGAUGGAUGUUGGUGGGUAGGAAAGAGGUUGACAGCUCUUCGCAUUUUGAAGAAUAUGAUUUAAUGCCACAGAUGAGAAGGAACAAUUUUAAAAAGAUGCGUAUUAAUAAAUGUUUGCUGUUUCCUAUAACUUUAUUUAUACUCAAGAUUUAUCUCUUCUCUAUAUGUUCAUGGCAACAUUAAUUUUCUAAGGGAUUUAGAGAGGCAUUUAUAUUUUAGAACAUUUAUUAGGAAUAACUUGUUCCUAGGCUAGAUUACCAUAUUUUAUUGAAUCUAAGAUGUGUAUGUGUGUAUGUAGGUAUACAUAUUUUAACAUUUUUGAAAUUGUGAGGCACCUUCCAAAUGAUGAUGUUUUAUAGCUGUAUUGGGCAGUGUUGUGCAUAAUCAAUUACCAUUGCUAGAACCUCAGGUUUGAUGAAAUAGGGUGUUCAGAGAAGAUAAACGAUGCGGUGGAGUGACUGGCAAUGAUUUAAUAGUAAUAGAAAUGGUUGUGAGCUUUGGAGUAAGCUGCACCUGGGUUCGGAUCCCUGCUGGUCCACAGCAGGAGGCCUCGGGCCCUCGCGGAGCCUUGGUUUCCAGAGUGUGCUUGUCAUUCGCAUGAUGUGCCCAACAGGGAGACCGAUUUGUAAAGCUCAUGGCGUGUAGUCUUUGGUCUGUAAAUAGUAUUUAUUAUUACUUUAGAUGCUAAUGAAAAGCUUAUUCACAGAAGUGGUAGAUUAUUUCUCCUAGUCACUUCUUUAUUUUAUGAAGGCAGCCAUUUAUUGAAUAUUUCUCAUUUAUGAGGAGAGAUGACUGAUUUAGAUAAAGACAAGUUAAGGAAAAUCUUUGAAUUUGAGUAUGCAGGCUUCAUAUAUCUGAAAAAUUAAUAUUGAGUGGUGGCUCGACUAAUCCCUGCUUAUCACAGAAAAGAAUUGAACUCCCAGCCAUACCCCUUGUAACCUAAAUACCAAACUAUCUUAGACAUCUGAUAAAAUGAGGUGAUUUGUGUCUUUUACUAAACUGAUAAAAAUGUGAUCAAUUUGAUAAUUUUUAUUUAAAUGAGAAGCAACUGGGAACUCAUUAAUUCAUUCAGCAAAUACUGAGUGUCUGCUGUGUAAAGAGCUUUUCCGAUUCAGUGGUGAGUGGACAGGCAAGGCCCCUAAUCGUAAAGAAUUUAUGUUCUGGAAGUAGGGAGACAGAAGGUGAGCGAAUGUUACUGUGUGUGAAGUUCUGGGAAGGAAGAAACAGUGUGAUAGUACAGAGAGCAGCUGUGUGUGGUAUGGGUGAGGGGAUGGGAUGUUGUGGACAUUUGUUAGGGUUUUGGCUGCCACCACCUUUUCCCUUCCCACUUGGCCCUGAUUUCCUGAUGAAGAACAGAUUCUCUGCCGUGGCAUGCAACUUUCGUGUCUGCCCCUCCUGUCACCUCUGCUGUGGUCGGCCCUGUAACUUGGCUGGGCCCGCUUGGAGAGGGACCCAUUGUAGCUCAUUGCCAGGACAGUGUGGUUGGUGGACAGAGGCAGUUGUAUUCCUGGUCACUUUGUAGAGGCAUCAGGUUAUAUGCAGAGUCACGGAUAGUUGCCACUUGUGGAGUUUCUCCUUUAGCUUCCCGAGAAUUAGAUGAUGCUUGAUCUUGCAACCUCAGAGUAAAACAGACCAUUUCAUAGAAGUAUUGUGAUUCACAGAAUCUGCGAGAUCUUUACUUGCGUCUUAAAAUUGUGCCUUUAAGUAAGAACUGUUCAAUAAGGCUUUUCCAGUGGAGGUUAUUGAGGCUUCCCUGGUUGGCUGCUUUUUGAUCAGUUACUAGGUUAAAGACAUUGCAUAAAUUUGCACAUGACACAAGGUAGGGAAUGACAGCUACUAUGUUUGAUGUCAAAAAUAGGGUUAAAAAUGUGCAGAUUGAAGUCUGAGAUAAGUAAAAUUUAAAGUUAAAAUGAACAAAAAUAGCAAUACAGCUUAGGGGUGAUGCAGCCUCACAGAAGCCAUUGUGAACAGAGACCUGCAGGGUCCCUUGGCACUCAGGUCAAUGAUUUGAGCUUAUUCCCACCUGAAUAUGUUCCCCAAAAGCAUGGCCCCAGGAUUGCAACCUAGGUUUGCCAGGUGGGCCUCAUGAGCCCCUCAGUCAGUCUGGCACUCAGGUUUCUUGCAAUGCUUAGCUCCAAAUGUGCGUGUGAAACCAAGUUGAAAAGGUUUAAGAAAUGAGACUCUCUUCUGCACACACUGUGUGUACCAUUGCUGGGUUUCUGGCGUACACCACGACAAGUUACAACCAAAGACAGUAGAAAAAAUGCAGGAUUCUUGACAUUUAAACUACACAUCCUGGUACUACCCCUCUGCCAAAGUACUGUCCCUGAGAGCCAAGUGUGUGAAAGACCUGCUGUAAAGGAGUAAAUGUUCUCAAGUCCAGGAGUCUUCCAGGCUUAUAACCUGAAUUUCCUAGCGUGGGCCUGGCUUAGUGCAUUCCAGGAGAGACUUCCAAGUCAUUGCGGUGUAUACUACAGGAGUCUACUUAAGUCUCAACCAACAAACAAGCAUGUAACUUAGUUCUGUGGUGUGUCUUUUGCCUGUUGGGGCCACAGUGUGCCCAGCUCUUCAUUAAGACAUGACCUCUGACCCAGGCUACCUGUUCUGGAGCAGGGGAUGCCAGUGGGCCAGCCAGAGGUGUGCAGACACUGCUCCUCCUACCCAACACUCAUUGCUCCUCUUCCUUAGUAACAGAAUCCGCAGUUUUACAGGUGUGAGGCACUGAUGUCUUCAGGGAUGAUGGGCCCUGCCGUUGUUUGGUCCCAUCCCUUGGGCAUCACAGUGGGUGGUGGGCAUGUGAUCCAGUUCCUGCCAGUGAGGUUUGAGGGACUUCUGCUGGGAGCUUUGGCAACAGUUUUGUUGCUGAUAGGAGAUGCUUGAGGAGUGAGCAUCCCUCUGCAUGGGAUAGUAACACCUGCAUAGGAUAGUAACACCUGAGGUUUUAGCAGCUACUUGCAACCACUGGAGGAAAGUAAAGAUGAAAGCCAAGGUGCCAAGA